UCCAGGAAGCGGCGGUGGCGCGGGAACUGCCGAGACCCGAACGGCGCUAGUCGGCCAUGGCGGUGAACCUGAGCCGGAACGGGCCAGCGCUGCAGGAGGCCUACGUGCAGGUCGUCGCCGAGAAGUCCCCGACUGACUGGGCUCUCUUUACUUACGAAGGCAAUAGCAAUGAUAUUCGCGUGGCUGGCACUGGAGAGGGGGGCCUGGAGGAGUUGGUGGAGGAGCUAAACAGCGGGAAGGUGAUGUAUGCCUUCUGCAGGGUAAAGGACCCCAACUCCGGCUUGCCCAAGUUUGUCCUCAUCAACUGGACUGGUGAGGGCGUGAAUGAUGUGCGGAAGGGAGCAUGCGCGAACCAUGUCAGCGCCAUGGCCAGCUUCCUGAAGGGAGCACAUGUCACCAUCAACGCCCGGGCUGAGGAGGACGUGGAGCCGGAGUCCAUUAUGCAGAAGGUGGCCAAGGCUUCAGGGGCGAACUACAACUUCCACAAAGAGAGUAGCCGCUUCCAGGAUGCAGGACCCCAAGCCCCUGUGGGCUCCGUGUACCAAAAGACCAACGCCUUGUCCGAGAUCAAAAGGGUUGGCAAAGAUAACUUCUGGGCCAAAGCGGAGAAGGAUGAGGAGAACCGCAGGCUGGAGGAGAAGCAGCGAGCAGAGGAGGAGCGGCAGCGGCUGGAACAGGAGCGCCAGGAGCGGGAGCGGCGGGAGGCUGCCCUCAGAGAACAGCGCUAUCAGGAGCAGGAGCGGGAAUCCCAUCCCCAGAGGAAGCCUGAACAUCAAGAAGUCAUUUCUGAGACGAGGGGAGACCAGGAGCCUUACUGUCAGCAGCACAGGCACCCACGGGACAUCUUCAAAGAGAAGGAGAGGGCUAUGUCUACCACUUCCAGCCCUCAGCCGGGCAAGCUGAAGAGCCCCUUCCUGCAGAAACAGCUCUCCCAACCAGAGACCCCCCUCACCAGGGAGCCCAUUCCCGCCUCCUUGAAAUCCAGGACAGAUUUCAAGGAUCCGGUGCCCUUUGCCUCUCAGUCUCCAGUGCACGUGGAAGAGGAGGCCGAAUACGAGGAGCCCCCAGAGCAGGAGAGCCUCUACGAGGAGCCCCCACCGGCACAGCAAGACCAUGCUGAUUGUGAGCACAGCAUCCAUUACAAGGAGGAACCAGGGCUGCCGGGGAAGGGGCUUUGUGCCCGGGCCUUGUAUGACUACCAGGCAGCGGAUGACACUGAGAUCUCCUUUGACCCCGAGAACCUCAUCACAGGCAUCGAGGUGAUCGAUGAGGGCUGGUGGCGUGGCUUCGGGCCAGAUGGCCACUUCGGCAUGUUUCCUGCCAACUACGUGGAGCUCAUCGAAUGAGGGGCAAGCUGUGCCCGAAGCCCCGUCCCGCCCUGCUGGUUGCCAGAGGAGGUGACAUGAGUGCUAUGUGUCAUUCCAUGCGUAUCAGGCCCCUCGGGAUAAGGCUGAGGUCUUGGAACCCACACAUGCAGCAAUAACCUGGUGAUUCUCAAACGCGCUUUCAUCUGGACUUUGAGCCCUGCCUGUGGUCAGCUCUUGGUGACCUCUGCCUGACGGGUGCUCGGGACGGGCCACUGGAGGUUGCCCCCACGCCCAGGCUGCUGCCUGCCUCGUCUGUGCAGAGCUCGGCACAGCAGUGCCCUUUUCCUUUCUCUUGCUUUGAAGGGUGGUGGCUGCAGCGCUCAGGGUGCAGUUUGCUUAGCAGAGUUUUUACCACCAAAGACAAAUUGGGCACCUUCGAGGGCAGGCAAGGGGUCUCUUCCGAGCUGCUUCACUGACCCCAGUUGUGAUUGUGAAUGAGGGGUGGGGAGGGACCUUGAAGGAGGCAUUAAAACCCUGCAGCUAGAGCUCAUCCCUCGGUGGGACCAACCUUCCCUGUCUGAGCUGUGUGCACCUCUGAAAUCAACUCUAGCCGCAUCAUCCAAGGUCUUGCUUUAGGAAAAGUAACAUGACAAUGGCGCACACCUG